AUGAAGCUUUUAGACCUCCUGGCAUAUGCCUCCACAGAAAUGGAUAGUACAACGGUCACUCUGGCUUUGCUGGCUGUCUUCCUGGUCCUACUGUACUGGUACUCCACCUCUGCGUUCUCCAAACUGAGCAAAGUAGGGAUCCAACAUCCUCCGCCUCUUCCUUUCAUUGGAAAUCUGCUCUUUUUCCGUGAGGGCUUUUGGGAAAACCACACAAAACUCAUAACGGAGUAUGGACCUGUUUGUGGGUACUACAUUGGUCGCCAGAUGUUUGUGGUAGUCUCCACACCAGACAUGAUCAAGCAAAUCUUAGUGACAGACUUCAGUAACUUCACCAACAGAACUAAGCCGAACUUGAUUUCCAAGCCAAUGCUUGACAGCAUCCUUUGUCUUCGUGAUGACAGAUGGAAGUAUGUCCGAAGCCUCCUGACCCCAGCCUUCAGUGAUGCCAAACUAAAAGAGAUGACACCGCUAAUAAACCAGGCCUGUGACGUCCUGCUGUGUAACUUGAAAGUCUAUGCAGAUUCUGGCAAAGCUUUUGAUAUCCAGAGGUGUUACAACUGCUAUACCUUGGAUGUUGUUGGUAGUGUAGCUUUUGGUACUGAGGUGGAUUCUCAGAAGAAUCCUGACGACCCUUUUGUUAAGAAUUGCAGAACGUUCUUUGAAAUGUCUUUGUUUAAGCCUCUCCUCAUUCUAAUCCUUUCUUUCCCAUUCAUAAUGAUCCCAUUGCUCCGAAUUUUGCCAAACAAGAAACAAAAGGAACUGAAUAGUUUUUUUAUCCAAACCAUAAAAAAUGCAAUUGUCUUCAGAGACCAGCAAGAUGCAGCUGAGAGGCGCAGAGAUUUUCUUCAGUGGAUGCUCGACUCCCGUGACGCAGCUGACUCCCUGGCAGCUGGGUGUUUUGAUGGGAUCAGUCCAUCUUCUGCUUCCAGACAGACCGAGGCAGGUCUUGCUGGCCGGGCCUCACCUGCAAAGGUUCAGAAGACAUUAACAGAGGAUGAGAUAGCAGGCCAAGCUUUUCUGUUCCUGAUCGCUGGGUAUGAGACCACCACUAGCACUCUGUCCUUCGCCACCUACUUGCUAGCCACCAACCCAGAGUGCCAGCAGAGGGUGCUUCAGGAGGUUGAUGAGUUCUCAGCAAAACAUAUGGUCCCCGAUUGCCAAAAUGUGCAAGGACUUCCUUAUCUGGACAUGGUGAUUGCAGAGACAUUGCGCAUGUACCCACCUGCGUUCAGGUUCACCCGGGAAGCAGCUAAAGACUGCAUAGUGCUGGGGCAGCGUAUUCCGGCUGGGGCCGUCAUUGAAACUGCAGUGGGACAUCUCCACCACAACCCUGAGUUCUGGCCAGAUCCUGAGAAGUUCAUUCCUGAGAGGUUUACAGAGGAGGCCAAGAAGGAACGACAUCCCUUUGCAUACCUGCCUUUUGGUGCUGGACCCCGUGGCUGCAUUGGCAUGAAAAUGGGUUUGCUGGAGACAAAAAUUACUCUGUUGAGGAUUUUGCAGAAGUUUCAAUUUAAAACCUGCGCAGAGACUGAGAUUCCUUUGCAGCUGAAAUCAAAAGCCACACUUGGACCAAAAAAUGGAGUCUACAUUAUCCUAGAAUCUCGUUAAAAGAAAAUAUGCAUCUUAAGCCUCCUGGGAUGGGACCCCUUGUUCAGUCACUCACUGGGUAUAAUUUUUUUCACAACCCCAAAGACAGGGAGGAGCCUAAGUCCCACUGAUGGUCAGUAGGUACAGGUUCACUACCCUCCUGUGGGAGAUCCUCCAGUCACUUUUAAAAAUGAGAUGUGGGCUCCACAGUCUUUUUGGUGGUUUUCAAAUUGCUGUGAACAGUAUCUGUAAAGAA